AUGUUCGUAAAAGGUCGGAAAACCUUUUGUGAAUUUGAAACCUCCGGAGGAGGAUUUUACAGUCCGACAUCAAGUCCAGAAACCUUUUAUUCGUCUACUCAUUCAUCAACAUUAGCCAACCUUUCAUCAAACGAAUAUUAUUCUAAUUGCUUUGGAAAAAUGAAAAAUAUUCAAAUAACGGAACCGGAAGGAAUUCCCUUUUCCGAUGAUGAAUCAAAAUUAAAAGAAUUUAAAAAUUUCAAUGAUUUUUUCACAAAGGGCGUUAAUCAAAAAUCAUACGAAGGAAACGUAAAAGAAAAUUACGUGCCUGUCAUCCUGGGUAAAAAAAACGAAAUGGAAAAUGGCGAAUCCAUAAUGGAAAAAAAAUAUUUAGGAUGUGAGAGUAAGAAAAAAUCAUUCACGGAAAAUCAUCGGCGUGGAAAUUCAAAGACGGAAAACUAUCGUGAGGAUGGUGACGGAAUAGAAAUAUUAAAAAGAAGACGUUUGGCGGCGAACGCGAGAGAACGGAAACGGAUGAACAGUCUUAACGAUGCUUUCGAUAGACUACGUGAAGUUGUACCGAGUUUGGGAAACGACCGGAAAUUAUCAAAAUACGAAACGUUACAAAUGGCUCAAACCUAUAUAAGCGCACUUUAUGCUCUGUUAAAAGAUUGA